AUGCCUUUACUAAUUCCUUCUUAUGAUGACAAGACUCUGCAAAAACUUUAUCCGGAUUACCUGUCGUUGAGAUUAGUGCAGGUGAUACACAGACAUGGUGAAAGAGCUCCAAGGAAAAGGUUAACAGAAUUUAUACCGGGCUUAUGGAAUUUGUGUCAUGCAGCUCAAGCAUGCAUUUUAUUGCCUCAACAAGGUAUCGAUGAACUGCAUUUUGAAUUCUCGUCGAAUUUACCCCCAUUAAGUGCAAGCCUUACCGGUCUGGCUGAGUCCUCACGUAUACAAAAGGUUAUCUCAUUACCGGGAGAUUGCUCAGAAAGUCAGCUCACGGACAUCGGCCGUACCUCGAUGUCCCAACUUGGUGCGCACCUGCGUGACUUAUAUGUCAACAGAUUGAAAUUUCUAGACGCAAAGAUUUCAGAUGAGAACGAUGAGUCGAUUUACCUCCGGUCAACCUAUUUCAACCGGACGUUUGAAUCAUUGCAUCAAUUGUUCAUCGGUGGUUUGUACCCAUCGAAAUAUCGGGAAAAUUCUUUCUCACUGAAGAUUCACACGCGGGAUCCAUAUUCAGAAAAUCUGUACGCAAAUCACAAAUGCAAACGGUUUUUUGAACUCCUCUCCGAAUUCCAGAAGACUGCCUCCUCACGUCAUGAAUCUAAAUUGAAAUCUCUCAAUGAAAAGUUGAAACCCAUCGUUAAUGAAGUCAGUUUCAGUUCGAAUCCUUCAUGUAACGAAUUAUUAGCCAAAUCCAAUGGGAUUCCAUUACCCAAGGAGUUCACUGCCGAUGUUAUUGACGAUUUAAACGCGGUUUCUACCGGGCGUAGUUUUGGCGGGUUCGAUGAAAUUCCGGAAUUACGAAGGCUCGGCAUCGGGCCACUACUCUUCGAAUUACAAGAUCAAAUACUUUCCAAAAUCGGAAAUUCUAAAGAAUCAGCAGAUAACUUAAAAUUAGCAAUAUAUAGUACUCACGACGUUACCAUCGCUCCGUUACUGGCAGCACUCGAUGCUUAUGAGAAUCGAAGGUGGCCACCAUUUGCAUCCCACAUAAUUAUAGAAUUGUUUCAACAAAAAUCCUCAAGUUCUCAAGCAAAAAUAGAUGAUAAAGAUCGUGUCAAGAAUCGAAAAACCGUCGACAUAGAAAAUCAAGGUGAAUAUUUUGUCCGAGUAAAAUACAACAAUAAGAUUCUAGAAUUAUCCGGAUGCCAGAAGAACGGCACGCAUCACACGAACGACAAGUCGUUGUGCACGUUGAAAGCAUUUCUGGAAAUUUUGAAUGAGCAGAUUCCGGUGGAUUUCGAAAAAGAGUGCCAUGUUACAUACAAAAAAACCAAGAAAGCGUAA